UGAUGUUGAACGUUGACUUGCUGUCUUAUAUCAUUUGUUUCUGAUUUAAAUUGAUUCUCUAUUGACGCACAUUAGUCAUGUCAUGGAAACUGCCCGUAGGUUUCACUUUUUUGAGAAGCAUUUGAUAUGUGCAUUCUCGGAGGACCGGGCUCCUGUUGUUUUUGAGAGUGUCGUGGAUUCUGCUGGCGACGAUGAUUAUCUAUGGAUAUUGGAAUCUUCAGGGCGAGUGAACGCUUUAUAUAGACCUCACAAUGACGUAAAUUCGCGUGAUAUGCUUUUAUGUCAUUCCUCAAAAGCAUUUGAAUUUGAGGGAUUUCGUCUUUUUGCUUGCCAUGAUGCAUCGUCAUUAAUCAUAGUAGGGAAAGAUGAAGAAUCUGAUUCUAUGCUCAAGUUUAAUACCUACAAGGUCUCAUCGCAGCACAUUUUAUAUGGAACUGAUAUAUUGCAAUUUGUACAGUCCGUACCUGUCUUUUUACCUUCCCAAGGUUUAGAGUUGGAUAAUAUCCAGACAAUUGCAGUAUCUUCGUGUACUAACUUAGCCGCCGUUGGCACAGCCAAUGGGACUGUAUAUCUAUAUUACAACUAUUUAUCUGCAUCUUCUGAUGGUUCCUGUUCGUCUCACACGCUGACUUCACUAAGGUUAUCUGAUUUUAGCCGUGAUCGUACUACUGGCUAUAUACGUUCAAUCCACAUUUGUCUUCUUGGUUCCGGUAUUUUCGGUCUUAAUGUUUGUUGUGAGGAUGUUGUGUUUUCAUUUAGGUUGGACCCCAAGCCUGAGCUGCUUAGUAUGCAGCUCAUAGAAUCAUCUUUUGAAUCCUCAUGCACUUUGGGCAGUGGUCAAUUUGGCGUAUUUAAGUCUGGCGGCAUGAUUGACAUUUAUAAUUCUGAUGGCUCCAUUAUAUCUCGUUUGAAGGGUAACGGCCGUUGUACUUCAAUGACUGGUUACAAGGGUUACAUUGCUAUAGCAUCAGUUGACUGCAAGGGUUCUCUUGAUAGUUCUUAUUCCACUACUUUGGUUGCUAUUCAUUGUCGCGUUCCUGGUAUGGAUUUCAUCGCAUAUUCUCAGCACAUUCCUAUAGUUUUUAGAUUUGAGCUUGCUCUUGGUUCUUUGUUUGUGUUGGCACGGUCGGGUUCCAGUUCAUCACUGAUAUUAUUUGAGUUGCGUGAGAAGGGUAUAUAUGACCGUUUGCAGAUACUCAUUCGUAAGCGUUUAUUUGCUUGGGCUAUAUCCACAGCAACCUUAGAGCAUCGUCCUAUUUCGGAAUGCGAGGAGAUUCACAAGAUCCAUGCCAAUUGGCUUUAUGACAAGGGUCGUUAUGACGGUGCUGUUGAUGCUUACUGCAAGGCUGGAUCAUCGGUUGAGCCUGGGUAUGUGCUCGCUCGCUUAACUCCAUUGACCUCUAAGCUAUACCUUUACAAGUACUUGAUAAAUUUACAUGAGCGUGGUAAGGCCACUAGCAUUCACACGAUUGUGCUGAUGAGGGUUUUGCAAUCUUUGUUUGAGGACAGUUCAAACAAUGUGGCAUCGUCGGACUCAACUUCAGAUGCUGCAAUUACCUCCCACGACUGCCAUGAGUUGCUAUCACGGUUUUUGUCUACUUUUGGCGAAUCUGAGAAGGAUUCAAUUCGUGAGGCUUUAUAUGAUUGCCGAUCCUCUGGUGGUUUUAAUUUUGCUCGUGCUGUAGCUCUUGCUCAGCAAAACCACAAUGAGUACAUUGACAUAUUGGUGGAGGACUUUCACGACUACGGUGCUACACUGGACUACCUGCAGUCUACUAGCACCCAGGUAACUUGUAACGCCAUUUUAAAGCACGGCAGGCGCCUUGUUAGGCACAAUCCUGGUGCCAUUUUAUCCUUUAUCCGUCGUAUAGGUGAUUCUAUGCCUAAGAAUAAUUGCAGUUUUCUUGAAGCGUUCGUUCCUACCUUUUGUAUGGAGGACCUUUUUCUUACUGACAUGCUUGGUUCGUAUGUCGAUAACAAUUCUUUGUUGAUAUUUUCCACUCGCCUUCACCUUUUGCUUGAUCAGUAUGCUGGUUUCCAGAUUUCUGCAAGUCGUGACCUUACAACUGAUUUACAUUUGGGUAGUGGUUCCACCAGUGGAACACACCUCGAUAGCCGUUCGGGUACUUGUGGAACACCUCUGGACAAUAAUGAUGCCAGUAUGGCUGUAUGUCCAAACACAAUUCCGGGUGGUGCUACUAUCUCUUCUGAUGCUAAGUACACUGAUUCAGGCUCACUAUCUGGUAAUUUUGACACUGCGGUUCUGGAGGAUCGACUAUGGAAGUUGCUUAAUGGCAACACUCAGUUGGCUGGUCACCAGCUUAUAGCUUUGUUGCUGUGCCUGGUGUAUAAUUAUCAGCGUGGUGCUAAUUCCAUGGCUAUUAAGAUGGGUUACUAUCACCUUCCUUUGGUGCUUGCCGGUAUGCGUGAUGACGGUGUUGACACCAAUACGUUUGACCUAUUGAACCAUGCUUUAAGUUAUGGUUACAAUGAGCCAACGCUUUGGGUUGGUACUCUGUCCUUGUUACUAUCAUCUCCCAAUGACAUUUCGGAGUUGUUGCGCGUUGCUCUUCAGCACAUUCAGACUCACAACUUGUUGAGUUUCGCUAGUGUGUUGACUAUUCUUCAGCGCAACUCUCAUUUGCGCUUUGGUGAUGUAAAGGACUACUUGCGUCGAGAAUUCCGCCAGAUUGGUGAUUUGUUGCAUGAGUAUGAGCGUGACAUAAGUCAGGACAAGGCUGACUGUCAGCAGAUGAACCGCGACUUGCAGCGUUUGCAGCAUUCUUACGUUGUGAUUAACAACAGUAACUGCUCUCGUUGUGAGUUAUGUCUUGAGAUGCCAUCACUACACUUUUACUGCCAGCAUUCAUUUCACACUUACUGCAUUGGCAGUGAUGGCUUAUGUCCCAAGUGUGGACCCAUAGCCAAUGAGGGCGGGUAUGGCGUGGACUCACAGAAGCGUCUGGAGCAUCAGGAUAACUUUUUUAAGUUUUUGAGUGGUGCUACUGACCCGUUUGUUUACAUGACGCAGCAGUUGGAGUGGUUUGCAUUUUCCCAGGCUUAACGGUUGCAACAUGCGCUAUUAAUAC